AUGGACGAAAUACUUCGAUCUCUGGGCAUGGAGAUAGUUCUUGGUCGAUUCCAAGUGCAGCGAAUGGAGCCGGAGACAACCAUGGCCGCGUCGGAUCAGGAAUUGGUUCGCCUCAGCGUGAGCACGAUAGGCGAUCACAUUUGUCUUCGUGAUGCGUGCAAAAGAAAGAUCGAAGAGCCAAGUUCGAGUUCGCGCCAAGUGUCAGCUGCCCGCCAAGAAUGCUUGGCAAUUUUUAAUCCCCGUAGGCACAACAGCUGCACUCAGGCACGUGCUGCGGCAAGAAGCACCACAAGUGGUGCCAGCAGGAGGGCACCUAAACGUCACCCGUGGACGCCAAACCUUUUUUGUCUUGCUGACACGACCGCAACAAAGACACCAUCAGCAGCAGAAAAACAGAUUUUAUUUAAAGCUGGUCUGGGCUUGAAAAAGAUCAAGCUCGAUCUAGAAGAUGACGAGCAGAUGGUGACAGACAAAAUAAUGUCCGAAAUGGAAGACAGCAUAGGAAACGCAAUUUGA